AUGGCAACCAACGACCCAAUCCCCUUCCAAUCCAUCCCCUGGAUAUCAACUCUCCUCAAAGACACCUCCUUCGUGACGCUCACCAUCCCAUCAAGGACAAAAAAACCCUCCACAGAAGACAACCUCUUCUCCAAAACCCUCAAUUCAGAAACAACACUAUCCGCUUGUUUAAGCCAGUACCGUCCCCUACAAACCACCACCACCACCAAGUCCAAGUCCACACCUUCUAGCCCACAAAGUCCAACCACAACCACAAGUACCCUCGCCGAAGAACUCCGCCUCUUCUUCAUCCUCGGCUCCGAUCUAAACGGCUACCCGGGAAUGCUUCACGGCGGCAUCGUCGCCACCCUCCUAGACGAAGCAACCGGCCUACUAUUAUCACUAAAUGGCCAUGUAGGCGAUGCUUCGAUCCGGGAAGCUAAGCAUGCGCAACCGGGCCCUGUGACUGCGUAUUUGAAUACGAAGUUUCUGCGUCCUGUGCCCACGCCGGGCGCCAUUUUGGUGCAGGCGAGAAUGAUUGAGGUUAAGGAGGAUCGGAAGUGGAGGGUUGAGGGGGUGAUAAGGGAUGGGGACGGGGUUGUUCUUGCGCAGGCGGAGGCGUUGUAUAUUAGGCCGAGGGCGAAGAUUUAG